AUGUUUGCAGAGAACAAGUCGAAGCUCAUAUUGGCUGCCCUGGAUGCUUUGUUGAAGUACGACAUUGAUGGUGAAAGAACGCUUGACACCAAGGCAACACACGACCAGAAGCACACCACUCGCGAGCAAAUGGUCAAGCACAGCGUGGUGGUGGCUCUCACAGAUCAGUUCCUGGCCUUGCGCCGCUUGGUGGCUUCCAAAACUGGGUUCGAGGCCUUCACCACCAUGCCCGGCUUUCGCGACAGGCUGGGUAAGAGAGUGAUAGCCGCGUUGAAGCUGAACAACACUGGGGUGGCCCAGGCAGCCAUUGACUGCAUGAGUGCGCUGAUGCAGCCCAUGCACGAAGAUUACGAACUGUCGUAUGAGCAGAGCAACAAAAGUUCGCUGCUGUCAUCUAAGCCGUUUCUGAAGGUGCUGGUGAAGCUCAUGGAUCACCACAUUAGGGCUGGGACGGGAGCGUUGGUUCUCAAUUCACUCUUCGACUUCGUCACGUAUGCGGUAUGCGACCCCUACAGCGACACGACAUCCAACGAACACUUUGACAAUCUACUGGAAAUUAUUGCCAACACAUGCGGGCGCAGCCUAUUCCAGCUGUAUCAGCACUCGUCAUUGGCUCUUGUAAAGGCUGGGGGCCAGAUCAUGAAGAGCAUGAUCGAAGAAGUGACCGUGUUUGACCACUGGAAAGCUAGGAUGGGCUUUAAGAAGGCUGUCGCGCAGCCACAGGACAAACAGGUGGUAUUGCGAAGGCGGCGGAAGAAUGUUGUCGCGUUGCAAAACUGGAAGAUGCUGUAUUACCAAUCGAGACAGGAUCACGCACAGGCCGAUCUCAUUUGGAACCAUUACACGAGGGAAGAGUUGAGGGAAAAACUAGAAACCGAGUUCAGCUCAUUUAGCGCCGACCAGGCAGCGUCGAAUGGCAUGGAAGUGGCGUGGAAUUUCGUCGAGUUUGAGGUGGUGUACCAGUCUCUGUCCAACGAGAUCAAGAUCGGCGAUCACUACCUGCGAUUGCUAUUGGAGGAGAGCAAGAUGACAAAGAAAGCCAUCGCCAAUGGCACCACUGAUGCCGAGUCACGCGACAACUCCUUCAUGCAGCGCAUACACAAUCCGGUUGUGUUCUUUAAUGAUCUGUACCAUCGGUUUCUCCUCCCGAACUCCACCAACAUGCGCAUGAAGUGUUUGCAGGCCAUGACGGUCGUCUACGCUCACUGUAAGAAGCAGAUUGGAAUAUUCAACGACACACCACACCUCAUCACCAUGCUGGAGAAGUGUGCCGACAAGAUCGAACGAGAUCGCCUGCUGUUGUUUGUAGAUGUGCUACUGUCGCAUCCUGAGAAUGUCAAGCUGUUCAUCGACGGUGGCGGCAUACACACACUGGUCGAUUUCCUCACCCUCGCACACCUGCACACUGAGCGCGCGCCGAUGGUAUGGGACAACACCACCAUUGAAGCGGGCGAGGGGAUGAUCCGUGAGAGUGAGAAGGAGUGGUACUGUACACCCAGUGGAGGGCCCGAUGCCGAGCGGAAAGGCCCUCUGGCGGUGGAGGAGAUGAACCAGCUGUAUAUUGAUGGCGUUAUCGACGAGAAUACACGAUGCUGGGCGCAGGGCAUGGACGGGUGGAAACGCCUCAACCAGAUCACCCAGCUGAAGUGGAACCUCAUACACGCUGGUACCCCUUUCAUGAACGAAACGGAACUAGCCAGACUGUGUCUGUCCAUGCUCAAACGUAUGAGCGAUUUCUUCCCCACCCGAGACUCCACGGGCGCCCUGAUCCGACCUCUCUCGCGCGUGAAACGCAUUAUGUCGGAUGUGUCGCAUCUGCCGCAUCUGAUUUCGCUGUUCUUGACCUUUGAACCGAUCAUAGUGGAGAGGUGUGCUGCCUUGCUGACAACGAUAGUGGUAGACAACCCCAUCAUGCCCCAGUUGUACGCAACAGGGUGCUUCCUCUUCUGUCUCAUGUACACGGGCAGCAACAUCUUGCCCAUUGCACGGCUGCUGUAUGUCACGCACAACCAGCAGGCCGUUACCAGGGGAGAUCACGGUGGUAAUCCUAUCGUAGAGAACAGUAUUUUGGCGCCGUUGUUGCCUGCGGCCAUGAUCUUGUAUCUGGACAAAUAUGGCCCGGUCAAAUUCUCGGAGAUCUUCUUGGGCGAUAACGACACCCCGGAGGUCAUCUGGAACAGGUCCAUGCGACGAACCUUGAUCAACCGCAUAUCGCUGCAUCUGAGCGAGUACUCACCUCGGCUGAAGAGCAAUGCACAGGCGCCGUAUCAGCACUGUCCCAUAGCGUCUAUCCAGUACAGCGAGUUGCAGAGUGAGCUGUUCUGUGGGCGCUACUACCUCAGAAAUCUCUGCAAUAUGGACAAAUACAAAGAUUGGCCUAUAGACAACCACGUAGAGCUGCUACGUGACAUCUUGCAUGAGUGGCAACGAGAGGUCGGAAAGAAACCUCCGUCACUCUCCAAGCAGGAUGCCAUGGCUAUACUCAAUCUACCCAGAGAUAUGCCGUACGAAGAAGGCAAAGUGCGAAAGGCGUACUUCCGCAUGGCCGCCAAAUACCAUCCAGAUAAGAACCCUGAUCCCGAGGCUCGCGAAAUCUUUGACAAAACUGCUGAAGCAUACGAACUGCUAUGUGCCGCUCACCAGGGCGAUGUGGCGAUGGAUGGGCCAGACUACAGGCGCAUUGAUCUGAUCAUACGAUCGCAGACUAUCCUGUUUAGUAGAUACGGCGAUAUUCUGCAGCCAUACAAGUACUCUGGGUAUCCCCAACUCCUGGCUACAAUGACACUUGAGAACGAGGAUCCUGGGCUGUUUGCCAACCAGCACACACUCCUUCCUGCGUGUUGCGCGUUGGCGUAUCAUACGGUCAAUACCUCUCCCCUCAACGCGGAUGAGCUGAGACGUGACGGAGGCUUCGAGGUGCUGUCAACCACCUUCUCACGCGUGACAUCCAUGGUGUCAAGCAACUCACAGUCCACAGACAUGCCCGUGGGCGUAUGCCAGGAUCUGAUCCUGUUCUACGCGGCGUCGGCCGAGUUUGACGACUGUCGAACGGAGAUCAAGAAGUACAAGCAUGUGGUCAACGAUGUGGUGCGAUGCUUGUUCUGCGCCAAUUGCCCUCAUUUGGUCCGGGCCUCCUUGCAGUGCAUAGCCAGCUUCGGCACAGACGCAACGCUUCAAAAUCUACUACUAGACGCGGGCGUGCUCUUUUACCUUCUCGCACUCAUCUUCGAGUACGAUGUCACGCUCACCGCCAACCCCCACGACACGCUUACGCUGGACAGCGACGCUACCAAAGAGAACAACAAUGAGACUGAAGUCGUCGAGGUGGCUGACUCUGAUGAGGUGGAUGUGGUCAAGGCGGAGGCCCAAGAGCAGGCCGAUGAGAAGACCCAGAAUGCCGCGCUCACAGGCCAGGCCAUGAUCAACGAGCACGCACGCUUAGCAGUCAUCGCUCUAGCGCACCUCGGUGGUUACCACGAACAAAAGAGCCCCACAAAGACCCCCUCCACACACCCCCAAGACGAAGCAACCAACCAUGUGCUGAGGAAAUGUCUGCGGGCUCUACUGACCAAUGACUUGUGCAGUAAGCUGGCCGAUCCCGAUCCCACGGUGUUGCUGCGCGCCGCGAACAUCAACGAGAACUCGCCUUAUCUGAUAUGGAAUAACGGCACACGUGGAGAAUUGGUGAGCUAUCUGGAAGAACAGAAGGAGAAGAUGCGCAGCGGCGAGCAGGACCCGUCGUUGGGAGCUGAUUUUGAGUUCUCUCAGCUCAAAGAUCACUUGCGCGUGGGCGACAUAUACGUGGACAUCUACAACCAGACAUCCGAUUUCCCCGUACGCGACCCCGACUUCCAGGCGAAAGCUCUGGUGGAGUACAUCUGUGAGCCGCCCGUCUCCUCACCAGAAUACGACACGCCCAGAAAACAAGCAAGUACCAUCCCCACACGCACAACCAAGCAAGCGCAAGAGCAGACACACACACAGGGUCAAGCUUCUCAGGAUAGUUCGUGUGGCACAGACAUUGAGAAGCCAGUCGACUCCCUUGGGGGCGCGAGGACCCGUCCUGCGGGUGCCAAGGGGUCAAAGUCCGCCACAGCACAGAACAUAUUCGAAACAGAGAAACUCAGGAAGCACACCGAACAGGAUACAAAUAGCACACCCACACCCACCGACACCGUUGCAGCCGAGCCCGCCGAUUCUCCUUUGGAACGGGGCAACACACCUAACAGCAAUGCUCUGAGUACGGAGCUUAGCAACACCACUGCACAAGCAGAAGACCCCCAUGUAGCCAGCAAACGCAACCCCGCACACCUGUUGCAGGCUAUCAGUGCACUCUCCAAUCUCAUCUCGCAUUACCAGGGCGUAGAGCGACAUACCAUCGGACAUUACCCUCAACUGGGCACAUACCUGCAUGUGGACGAGUCUGCAGACGAUCUCAAACAGCAGUUGGCUGUGGUGCUUGCUAUGCUCCAAGUGUUCGAGCAAGUGGUAGCGAACAAGGACUGCGUGAACGACAUAGCCGCGAACAACAUCAUUGCGUCGCUGUGCUUGCUCAUCCCUGUGCUGGAAACCCAUACCGACGAUCGGCCGUGCCUGCGCCUUCUGGAAGUGCUGUCAGUGCUGGCUUCCAACGCAAAAAUAGUCACGCAGCUGCGAGACAGCGGCGCCUUACUGUAUAUUCUGUUUUUGUUUACCAACUCCCAAUCAUCAGCGGUGCGGGUUGCCGCGGCCACGUUCUUUGCACGGCUGUCGAAGGACAAACUGAAUGGACCCAAGAUGUCGUUGAUGCUGGCCAAUUUCCUGCCGAGGAUCUUCAUGGAUGCGUGGAAGCGACAACCAGAGACGGCCAUCACCAUGUUCGACGGUGUGCACGAGAACCCCGAACUCGUAUGGACCGAAAGUGUGCGCGAGAAGGUCAAAACCGUUGUGCGGGAAAUGCGCGACGAUUGGUAUGCCGUGCAGAAGACCAACGAAUUGGCCAUGUGGAGUCUGCCUCCCAACUUCGAAGUCAUUUACCAAGAGCUGGAGAAUGAACUGGUGUGUGAUGGCGUCUACGUACGGCUCUUCAACAUGCAACCUACGUGGUCGCUUCGCCACCCCCGGCAGUAUCUGGUGGCCUGUGUCGAGAAGUUCAUCAACCUCUGUUAUUCAGCUGAGAAUGAUGGAGAUAACCUAGAGCAGCUCUCGGCAUCAAUAUGCAAUCUGCUUCGAGGGAAUACUGUCAUGACUGAUAGCUUGGCGUCUCUAGGAGUAAUCAUCGCACAAGUGGUCAAGGAGAAGCUACUGGCCGUACUACUCGAUUUGCUCACUCUGCCCACAAUCGGCUCAUCAGACAAGGCAUUGCUUGUGCAAGCUAUCAAAACCAUGCUUAUAGAUAAUACACACGGAGAGCACAUCACCUCUGAACUCGAUGGGCAUCCCGUAUGGGCCAAAUACAAGGAUCAGCGCCACGAUCUUUUCAUCAGCAACACACCUACUGCUGGAUAUUUAACGGGUGGCGCGGGAACUAUGGGCUAUCUCACAGCUACCGCAAACAAUGCGCCCAGGAAGGUAACUCCCGACACACCACCACCAGUCCCAGAAACACACGAAGACGAUUGA